AUGGGGGCCCUAUUGUUUGGUGUAAUUGGAGUCCUGACUACCUUUGUACUGUGUUUUAUCCACAUGCACCACUGUCAGCCAGUCUGUAGCAGGCAGGGCUCUUCUGAAUGGCAUCCACAACAACAUGAGGUGCAAAUGAAUUGGACCUUGGCAGGGAACAUUUGUAGAAGCUUUUCUGAGUGUUGGGAGUCUCAGAAGGCGGACAUUUCAGCCAUGGUAAAAUACCCACAGUUAUGCCCUCUCCAACUGCAGCACGGAGACACACUGCUCAUGAUGGCUGAUGAAACACUCCAACAAUAUGGCUUCAGGAUCCUCAAUGUGUCUAAAUCCAACUUUGAGAGCUGUACAAGUACGCAAGCAAAAGACCAGUUUCUGUUCCCACAUAAUCUGAAUGAAAGUGUGCACGUUAAGGCCAAUUGGCUUAUCCCGGGAAAUCAUUACUUCAUAGCUGUUCAUGAUCAAGACUUCCAACUGUGCAAACUGGGCCUAAGAAUAAACAUUACAGUAAAAACUCAACUUUGCCAAGCGUCUCCUCUGCUCCGGCCUUGUUCUGGGAAUGGUAUUUGUCAAACAGAGCUGUGGGAGAGAGCCUACCACUGCAGGUGCCAUCACCACUACUUUGGACGCUUCUGUGAGAAGUUUGAUGUGUGUUUGGAUAACCCCUGUGAAAACAAAGGCAUCUGUCUGAGCAAUGGGACCACAGAUCUACAUCACAGAGCCUAUAAAUGUCUGUGUCCUCCACAUUUUACAGGGGUGAACUGCUCUGAAAUUAUUGGGAGAGAGAACUGUGAGAGGAUUUGUGAAAAUGGGUCGUGUAUUCAAGUGUCUGCGAGCUCCUUCAGCUGCAUCUGUGACACACAAGACUCUGGCCCACCUUGUCGGCAGAGGAAGCACUCGUGUGAUCUCAGUCCCUGCAGUAACGGAGGCACGUGUGUGGAGGGACCCGGAGGAUUGCUGUGCCUUUGUCCAGAGAGAUUCGCGGGCGUCCGCUGUGAGUCCCACACCGACUCAAACUGCUCGUCUUCAGCAUGUCAUCAGGAGCUACUGUGCACUGCAGGAGUGCGUACUCCUCAGUGCAGCCGUCAGCACAACCUCUGCAGCUCUUCACCAUGUCUCAACAAUGCCACCUGUUUGUCCAAGGGAAGUGACUACAUCUGCAGAUGUCUGAGAGGAUUUUCCGGGAAGAAUUGUGAAGAAAUAAUUGACUACUGCAGGCUGCUCAAUAUCAGCUGCCUAAAUGAGGGAUUGUGCUUGAGCGUAAUUGGUUCAUAUCAGUGCGUCUGUGGCCCUGGAUGGACUGGAGAGUUUUGUCAAUAUGCAGCAGAUGCUUGUCUGAUAAAUGCAAACCGCUGUGUGAAUGGUGCCACAUGCAUCACAACAAAUCAGCCAUCAUCUCCUCCUCAGUCUGUCUGCCGGUGCCCCCGUGGUUUUACAGGAACGCACUGUGAGACUGAGAUCAAUGAGUGCGACUCCAGUCCCUGUCAACACAAUGGCACAUGUUCGGAUUUGGUGGGACGCUACAAAUGCAAAUGUCCUACAGGUUUUGAAGGAGAGAACUGUGAAGUGGACAUAGAUGGAUGCUCUCUGCCCAACGUCACAUGUCCAGCAGAGACUGAGUGCUUGGAUCUUCCGAACGGCCUUCAGUAUAUGUGCCGGAUACCUUGUCCACCCAACCUACAGCCUUGUGCCAAUGAGGGACGCUGUGUGCUGAAAGAUGCCAGUAGGUACACCUGCGUCUGCACACCUGGUUGGUCUGGUCCGAACUGCCGCAUAAAUGUCAAUGACUGUGUUCAGAACUGGUGUCAGAAUGGAGGCAGUUGUGUGGAUGAGAUUGAUGGCUAUAGCUGCCUCUGUCCCAAAGGAUACACAGGCUUUUACUGUGAAGAAGACAUUGAUUUCUGCGUGGGCCAUGCGUGCUCUGAACAUGGUGUUUGUGUGGAUGGCCAGUCUAACUUCACCUGUCGCUGCAUGCAUGGAUAUGAAGGGCCACUAUGUGAACUGGAGACAGAUGAGUGCCGCAGCUCGCCGUGUGCAGCCGGAGCCACCUGUGUGGACCUAAUCAGUGAUUAUCAGUGUCACUGUCCCCCUGGGUUUGAGGGAAGAAUAUGUUCAGAGAAUAUAAACGAUUGUUGGUCACAGCCUUGUCUGAACGGAGGACUCUGCGUGGAUCUGGCAAAUGACUACACUUGUCAUUGUCCUCUUGGAUUCAAGGGUAAGGAUUGUUCGGUGGAUAUUGACCUUUGCUCCUUUGGAAUAUGCAGUACACAUACAUUAAUCUGCACUGAGACCAGGGACGGACACAAUGUUUCCUGUGUGUGUGAGAAAGGGUUCGCUGGGUCAUUUUGUGAAGUAAAUCUCAAUGAGUGUGAAUCGAGGCCGUGUCAAAAUGGAGGAGUUUGUGUGGAUGGGAUCGACCAAUAUCAGUGUCUCUGCCAAAAGGGGUUCGGAGGACUGAACUGUGAAAUCAACUUUGAUGAAUGUGUCUAUGGAUACUGUGCCAAUAACUCUACAUGUAUUGACCUGGCGGGAGACUAUAAGUGCAUCUGUCCCCUGGGUUACUCUGGUAAAAAUUGCUCGACAGCUGUCUCUGGGUGUGCAGUGGAUGUGGAGUACUGCAAAAAUGGAGGAACGUGUUCAUACAACUCUGUGGGGGAAUUGCGUUGCGUCUGUCCUCCAGGAUACUAUGGCUACGACUGCUCCUCAUCUGCUAACCGCUGUGUGUCUAAUCCAUGUGACCCUGCGGGGACUCUAUACUGCGAGGAUCUGGCAAACACUUACCGAUGUGUGUGUCGACAUGGAUACACAGGGCCGCACUGCACAACCACCAUAGACCAGUGUGUUGAUAACCUGUGCCAACACGGAGCUACCUGUAUAGACCUAUCACCUGGGUUCAAGUGCUAUUGUUCGCCAGGUUUAAAAGGGCGAUAUUGUGAGAUAGAUAUUGAUGACUGUGAAGGUAACCCGUGUGGAUCGCUGAGUAUAUGUAAAGAUGCUCUUAAUGGAUUUCUCUGCUUUUGUGCUCCGGGUUUUGUUGGACCUCAGUGUGAGACUGAAGUGAAUGAAUGCCUCAGUCAUCCUUGCCAACACGGAGGUUCCUGUAUUGAUGAACUCAACUCUUUCAGGUGUCUAUGCCCUCCAGGAAUAACAGGCAGCAGCUGUGAAGUCAACAUCGAUGAAUGUAUGUCCUCUCCCUGUCUAAACAAUGCCACAUGUACUGACCUUGUGCACGGCUAUGACUGUGUCUGCAGCCCGGGCUAUGCAGGUGCAAAGUGUGAGGUUGACAUUGACGAGUGCGAUUCAUCCCCCUGUAAGAAUGGUGCCACGUGCAUUGACCAGCCCGGUAAUUACUUCUGCCAAUGUGUGGCUCCAUUUAAAGGCCAUAAUUGUGAGUUCCUGCCCUGUGAGGCCAGUAAUCCCUGUGAGAACGGUGCUGUGUGCGUGGAGGAGUUGGAUCAGGACCAUUUCCCUUUGGGUUUCCGCUGUCGCUGUCGCCGAGGCUUCGAUGGCCCCCGCUGUGAAAUCAAUGUGAAUGAAUGCAGCUCCAGCCCCUGUUUGCACGGCUUCUGCUAUGACGUGGUGGAUGGAUUUUACUGUCUAUGCAAUCCCGGGUAUGCUGGACCCCGAUGUGAGCAGGACAUCGAUGACUGCGUGAAUCAUUCAUGCAGCAGGCACUCGGAGUGUAGAGACCUUCACCUGACUUAUGAGUGUGUGUGCCACUCCGGCUGGGAAGGGAAGUUCUGCCAACAAGAAAUUGAUGAAUGUUUAUUGCAGCCAUGCAAAAACAACGGCACCUGCACCGAUCUUCUCAGUGGAUACCAGUGUACGUGCGGGCCCGGAUGGACAGGUGUGGACUGUGCAGUGAAUGUGAAUGAGUGCGAGUCGGCUCCCUGUCUGAACGGAGCGCGGUGUCAGGAGUCAGAUGUACCUGGAGAGUUCCACUGCACCUGUCCCCCCUUCUACAGAGGCCCUGUGUGCAGCCAGCCCUACGACCCCUGUCACCCCCUGCACGACCCCUGCCAGCACCACUCCACCUGCCUGACACGCUCCGAUGGAACAGCCGCGUGCAUGUGCCCAGCUGGAUUUGAAGGAAGUUGGUGCGAAAUCGACACCAAUGAGUGCACCUCAAAUCCAUGUCACAACCGGGGCCGCUGUGUGGACGGGGUCAACAGUUAUACAUGUGAAUGUAAGAUGGGAUUUUAUGGCCUGCAGUGUGAACAAGACGUCAACGAGUGUGCGUCCAACCCUUGUCAAAACGGUGCCACCUGUCAAGACCUCGAAAACAUGUUCCUCUGCACUUGCCCGUCUGGCUUUUUUGGAGCGCGCUGUGACCUGGACGUAGAUGAGUGUGAAGUUUCACCUUGUCUUCACCGGGGCAUCUGUAUCAACAAGCCCGGAGCCUUCGCAUGUGCCUGUCACCCCGGAUACUCAGGAGCGCGCUGCGAAGUUAACAUCGAUGAGUGUGUCUCCAACCCAUGCCAAAAUAGUGGAAGAUGUAUUGACGAGCAAAAUCGAUAUCGCUGCUUGUGCCCUGAUGGCUUCGUUGGGCUAAACUGUGAGAUCAACAUUGACGAAUGCAUGUCAGCGCCCUGUCUACACGGGAGAUGUGUAGAUGGGCUCAGCAUGUUCUCGUGUCUGUGUGAACGAGGCUGGAUUGGUCUCCGCUGUGAAGAAAACAUUGAUGAGUGUGCGUCUGGCCCGUGUCAAAAUGGAGGCUCCUGCGUGGAUCUCAUUGAUAAAUUUGCAUGUUUCUGUCCGGAUGGUUACACAGGAAAAACGUGUGAAAUUGAUAUAGAUGUGUGCGUAGAAGCAGCUCACAACAUCACACUGUGUUUCAAUGGUGGAACAUGUGUUGAUGGGAAAGGAUCAAACUUCACAUGCAGCUGUCCACCUGGUUUCACGGGUGAUUUCUGUGAAGUUGAUUUUAACGAAUGCUGCUCUGCUCCCUGCCACAACGGCGGUAUUUGCCAAGAUCUUAUUAAUAGCUACGUGUGCCACUGCAGGUCAGGUUGGACAGGCCUUCACUGUGAGGAUGACAUUAAUGAGUGCCUUCCUCAGCCCUGCGACCGGGGUAUAUGCAUUCAGAACCAGCCGGGCUAUGGCUACACCUGUUUCUGUCGUCCUGGAUUUGUGGGGAAGAACUGUGAGCACAACUAUGACGAUUGCCUGUUGAAUCCAUGUCCAGCAGCGUUUUCCUGUGUGGACGGUGUUAACGGGGUCAGCUGUGUGCCUGCUGCUACAGAUGCAGCUCCCUUGACGAGUGGAGUCAACAUCGCACCACCUCAACAUCCGACUCCAGCUCCCAUUCCAGUUUCUACAGCUCCUCUGUCCACAGCCAAAGUGCAGUAUUUGGGUAAUUCCUUCCUGGAGUUUGAUACUAUUGAACUGAAUCCCCUCAAUAACAUCACUGUGAGAUUUCAAACCCGCUCUCCACAAGGAACUCUUCUGUAUAUGGACCAGGGACCUGCUAACAGCCAGUUCUUCUUCAUUAAACUUUUUAUUAUGGAGGGUGUUUUGAAGUAUGCGUUCAGCUGUCAUGAAGAGGACGAGGCGACCCAAAUCAGUACUUCUGUUCAAGUCAAUGAUGAUAAAGCACACAUUGUUAACAUCAGGCAGCACCUGAGCCCAUGCGAAGCUGAAGUAACUCUGUCUAGUUACAGCACAAUAAAGAGUUCAUUGAGCAAUUACUGGUUAGGAUAUAUGCUACAAAGAACACAUCACAUCUUUGUAGGCGGCCUCCCAGUGAGAUACCCCUUCAAUCAGAAAGCUGCACCCGUCGACAACUUCACAGGCUGCAUAGAAAUAAUUGAGAUUAAUAAACGUAGGAGUUUUUACACAUUAGAUGCUAUUGCCAACAGCAACACGGGGGAAUGCAGAGACACUUUGAAUCCAUUAGAAACCUUUGUGCCAACGUUGGUUCUUUCCACGAGCUCAUCUUUAAAUGGUAGCACAGCCUUGGUCACCCGAACAGAAACACCUCCUUCAGAUGGACCUCCAGUCUGCUUCGAUGGUCUUUGCCAAAACGGAGGAACAUGUUAUAUUCAGCAUCAUCUCAACAGACGCAUCCCUCUCUGUCACUGCCCACUACAUUUCACUGGACCUUUUUGUGAGAAAGAUGCCACUGUGUAUAUUCCCCGGUUUGACGUUGACUCUUAUUUGGAGCUGCAGCCUCUUGCUUCUCUUCUGCAGUCCUCCGCUGACAGCAAUAAUCUCCCCACUACCGACAAGGACGCCACUGUUAUUCUCCAACUGACACUGAAAACAAGAUCUACGCAAGGCACCAUUCUCUACUCCCAGACACAGAACUUGGGAGAGCAGUUUGUCCAUGUGUUUCUGGAGGAUGGGACCCCUGUGGGGCAGCUGAGCUGUGGCAGUAAUCAUGUUCUAAGUGUGACCGCUGAUCAGAGCAUCAACACUGACAGAUGGGUCAACCUUACGCUCAGAUACAAUCUUCCUGUUGGCAAACAAGGAGGCUCAUGUAUGAUUGAAAUAGCAGUAGAUAAUGGGCCAGCACAGCACCUCGAGGAGUACGUGUCUCACCCAGUGUCGAAGGGAACCUUUGGACCUAUAUUUCUUGGGGCCCUCUCGUCCCGCUGGGAAAUGCCAGGCGUUAGUAUGAAAGGAGCCUGGAGAUUCAUGGGAUGCAUCAGGGAAUUUUGGGUUAACUCUAAAGAAAUUGACCUGGUGGGUGAAGGCACCACAGGGUGGAAUAUCAAGAACUGUGAGCCACUGGUCUGCCAGCUCCUCCCCUGCAGAAACGGAGGAACCUGUGUCAGCUCUAAAGAGGACUGGUUUUGUGAGUGCCCUCCUCAGUAUACAGGGCGUCUGUGUCAGCUGAGCGCUUGUGAACGCAGCCCAUGUGCUCACGGGGCGACCUGCAUCCCCAAGUCUCCUCUGGAAGCAGUGUGCCUGUGCCCAUACGGACGACAGGGACUUCUAUGUGACCAGGUUGUCAACAUAACGCGCCCCAGAUUCAGUGGAAAUGACGAGUUUGGAUACACCUCCUUCCUGGCCUAUACCUCCGUUCCCAGUCUGGCUUUCUUCUACGAGUUCAAGCUCAAGUUCAUUCUGGCCAAUAAUUCAUCUGCCGUGAAAGACAACCUGAUCCUGUUCGCUGGAUAUAAAGGACAAGGUAACCAUGGCGAUGACUUUCUGGCUGUGGGAAUAAAGAGUGGCAGAGUGGUGCACAGAUUUAACCUGGGAUCAGGAGUGGCCACCAUUGUCAGCGACCGAUUGGACCCCGACGUCCCCAUACACACUGUGAUGUUCGGGAGGGCGAAGAGGACAGGCUGGCUCAAGGUUGACGGACAACGCAACCGGACUGGCUCAUCGCGGGGCCCCCUGGUGGGACUGAGUGUUUUCCAUCAGCUCUUUGUGGGCGGGUAUAAUGAGUACACCCCUGAACUGCUGCCGCUCGGCUCCAGGUUCCGUCAUGGCUUUCAAGGGUGCAUUUUUGAUGUGCAGUUUCGCACUGGAAGAGACAGAAAAUUCCAAGUGCUGGGACAGCCUGAGGGACAGGGCUGGUUUGGCCGCAGUGUGGGUCAGUGUGGGGUCACGCCUUGUGCUCAUGUGCUCUGUAAAAAUGGAGGAACGUGUGUGGACUCAGGCUCAUCUGUGUAUUGUCAGUGCCAAGUUGGAUGGAAGGGGGCGCUGUGUUCAGAGACCGUAUCAGUGUGUGAUGCGGAGCAUAGCCCACCUCCCCUCUGUGCCCACGGCUCCACCUGCAUCGCUCUCCCAAAUGGAUAUACCUGCCACUGCCCCCUGGGGACUGCCGGGCUGUACUGCGACAAAGCUGUGACCAUCACGGAUCCAUUCUUCAGCGGGAACCACUCCUCCUGGAUGUCUUUUGCCCCUCUGAAUUUGAGACACAGCACUGUACUGGAGCUGCAGUUCCAGCCUCUAACACCGGAUGGCAUCCUUGUCUACACAGCACAGCAUCUCAAUACCAGAGCAGGAGACUUCCUCUGUCUGUCGCUGACAUCAGGCCACGUCCAGCUGAGAUUCAAUCUGGGACAUGGCACCCACGUCCUUCGGUCCGCUGGCCGAGUGGACCCCAGCGGGAGAGCCUGGCACAGGGUGAAGGCGGGCAGGGUGGGUCCUCGGGGCUUCCUCAGUCUGGAUCACAAGGAGAUCACACACAACACCACGACGCAACGCAUGACCACCCUCGACGUGGCAACAGACAUCUUUGUCGGAGGCGUCUCUAGUUUAAGCUCUGUCACUCCUGAUGCAACUGAGGGAGCUCCAAUGGGGUUCACGGGAGGUUUGAGGGAGCUUAUCGUGAACGGUGUGGACUUGGACUUAUCAGAGAGAGGGGCAGUGAGCGGGGCCAAUGUGGGGGACUGGGAUGGCACAGCGUGUGGGUUCAAAGUGUGCCAAAACCAGGGGCAAUGCAGGCCAAUCAGCACAGACUCUUUCAUGUGUGUGUGCCCGCCUGCCUGGACUGGGUCUGUUUGCAACCAGUCUGUUGGUUGUGUGAAUAAUAACUGCAAACAAGGUUCAUUCUGUUCUCCCUAUAAUGUCACCUCAUAUAGCUGUUUAUGUCCUUUAGGAUGGACUGGAAGAUUUUGUGAUACUGAAAUAUCAACGGAUACGUUUCGUUUCAUGGGAAAAUCGUAUAUAAAAUACAUUGACUCAAGAUAUAACACUAGGGAUCUAAAAAACACAAAGGUUUCUUUCAGCUUUCUUUCCAGUAGUAAUGAUAGCUUAGUUAUGUGGAUGGGGAAAGCAGAGCAUGAUGAUGAAGACUAUCUCGCAAUUGGGCUUGAGAAAGGGCAGAUCAAAAUUGCAGUAAAUUUAGGAGAAAGACUUCCUAAACCACUAAGUUUUAAAAAUACAACCCUGUGUUGUAAUAAGUGGCACAACAUCUCUGUAUCAUUGAAUAGUACAGUCAUCCAGGUCUUCUUAAAUAAUAAGAGAGUUAUCCAUACAAAUAUUGAUCCUUUUGAGCGAUAUGUAGCAUUAAACUAUGGAGGAAAAAUUUACUUUGGGGGCUUUGAACUAAACAGAAAUAUAUCCAUCUUGACAUCUGGGUUAUUUGAAAAAGGCUAUGAAGGUUAUCUCAGGAAUGUUUACUUGUAUAAUGACAUCAAGCCACUGCAGUUUCUUCCAAAUAGUGAGGGUUUUAAUGUUUAUGACGGCAACAAACAGUUGUAG